AGGCAAACAUACCACUGAGCAUCACCGAUGACAACGCAAAGGGCAAGGGAUACGACGUGCACAUGUCUGAGAUAAACGAAAGUGGUGUUGUCGACGCAGCCCUCUACUUUGAGCAGCGUCAUGGACGGAGGGCGUUUGCGGAAAGGAACGCGUCACAGCUCCUCCUCGGUGAUGGCGCCUACAACCCUUUCCAGAACGAAACGUGCGGUUCCAGGAAGGCAACGCUCGAGGCGCCGAAUACGGCAGUGCGUCAUUCCGAUAGGAGUGGCCGUUGCGCGCAAGAAGAUGCUGACGGGCGGCCUGUGCGACGACCGCGUGGACCGGGCAAGGACUUUGCACGCUACAUCGAGGCCAACGGCUUUCCGGCCGACGCCGCUCGCCGCAGCGCGCGUGUCGAUGUGGCGCGCGAGAGGCUCUAUCAGUACGAGCACGACGGUCUGCAUACGCAUAAAAAGCUGAUGCGAAUGCCGUUCCGCUCGAAGCAGUGCGACGGUAAUUUGCAGCUGUUUCUGCGGCCAGAGGAGGCGCAGGCUCGAGCAGACGCACAGCGGCAGCGGCAACUGCAGGGGCAAGUCGCUUCUUCGCCUGGAAGGUGUUCCCCGCUGCCGACAGAAGUCCACCAUAGUCGUUGCUUGGCGAGCACUCCACUCAAUCAUGAUGACAGCAGUUUUACUCUCACGCACGUGGACAACGGCGAUGGAAAGCAGCGUUCUGUCGAGCGCACAGCUCAGCUACGUCACCGGUUGCAGCUACUGGAGGAAUUGUACGCGAGGGAGUACGCACGCUUAGAAGAACUAACUCUUAGGCCCCACGAAGGAGAAGCGGUCGAAGACGAAGAUGCCAAGAGCGACUCCGGUCGAUUGCAGCAACCUUGCCCACCGGAUGCUUCGUUAGAGCAGGCGAUGGACCACGUGCAAGCGCAGACUUCUCCGCGACGUCGUCGUGCACGGUGCGCCAGUGAAAUGCAGGUCCAAGGUGAAGCCGCAACUCAUGAAGACUCGACGACGUGGUGUGCGCAUCGGUCGCAACGUCCUGUGCAGCCGUGGGAACGCGCGUGCAGUGACGCGGGCGCGGCCGAAGAGGAUGCAUCUUCGCCGGCGCGACAGCCGCCUCCGGGUGAUGAAACGGAGUUUACGGGCCUCGAAACGCCACAGGGCGAGCUCGAUGAUGUUUCCAGCUUUUUCUCUGGGAGUACACAGGUGGAUGGUUCUCGGCGAGAGAGGCGUGUGCGUCCAAUCAUCACGCCAUCACCCGCGGGUCAAGCGCACGGUUCCACAUCUCCGCAGGCGUGGUUCAUUCCUUCUCCCCAGCAGCCUUCUGGUGUCUUCGUAUUGAGGCCGACGUUGAGGUCUGACACAUCGUCUCUGCAGAAGACAUCGCCGCCUCCAAGACGCCGGCAGCAGCAGCGCUGGGAAGAAGCCGCACAACGCGAGCAGCGUUUUUUGACGCCUCCCGUGGUAGAACCGCCAGUUUCCACAGUGCGACCUCCGUCAGCUUCGCUGUUCGCUUCACGUACAACGAAGUCUCUCCGUGACGUGGUUGCCGAUCGGCAGGCUACAUCUUUUCUAAUGGAUGAUAAACGUGUUAGUGUGCCUCCGUUGCCGGUGCAACAGCCAACAGCCGCGCCAACAACGGCACCUCGGACGCUGCGCGAGGUUUGCCGUGCUCUGCACGCGCCACUGUGA